GUUGUUGUUGAGACGGUGUGUUAGGCUCCUGUCUUUUCGCUGUGCUGCUGGAGGUGACAGAGGCUCACUGCUCGGCGCGUGGAGCGUGAGCGCGUUCCACAGCAGAGCACUGAGCGGCACGCGGCGCCUUACCCCAGCCUGCUGACCUGAGAGAGGCCAGCACUGGGAGUUGUGGGAAGGGAAGUCUUGUCUCAUUAUGUUGUCUUCCUUCCAAGGGAAGCUUGUGCGGAAUGGAGAGGAUAAGAAAGCAGUGAUCUGCAUUGAGGGGAACAUCGCCAGCGGGAAGACGACGUGUCUGGAGUAUUUCCGCAAAACCAGCAGUUUAGAGGUCCUCACAGAACCAGUCUCUAAAUGGAGGAAUGUCCGUGGACACAACCCUCUGGCUCUGAUGUACCAGGAUCCUGAGCGCUGGGGCAUCACACUGCAGACCUACGUUCAACUCACCAUGCUGGAUUGUCACUUGUCAUCCAUAUCGGCUCCGGUCAAGAUGAUGGAGAGGUCCAUCUUCAGUGCCAAGUACAUCUUUGUGGAGAAUCUCUUCAGAAGUGGGAAAAUGCCAGAGGUGGACUUUGCUGUUCUCAGCGAGUGGUUUGAUUGGAUCACAACUAACAUUUCCAUUCCCGUUGAUCUGAUUGUCUACCUGCAGACGUCUCCUCAAACCUGCCAUGAGAGGUUAAAGCAGAGGUGCAGAGAGGAGGAGAAAGUCAUUCCACUGGAGUAUCUGGAGUCCAUCCACCAGCUGUAUGAGGACUGGCUCAUCAAGCGUACCUCCUUCCCUCUCCCUGCUCCUGUUUUGGUGAUUCCUGCUGACCAUGACCUCCAGAAGAUGCUGCACCAGUACGAAGAAAACCGUGACAAGAUCCUAGCAGCUAGCUACAUCUGAUACUCAAACAUACCGUUACACACACACACACACAUACACACACACAUGAAAUGAAACACAUCCCUCCAUCAAUACAGGAAGUCCUAUAGGGCUGUUUACAAACCAUAGUUUUACAACUGAUCUGUUACAUUAACUUAAGUUUUUUCACUAGCAACUAUAAUUUUAUCUUUAAGAUUCUGAUGUUAAUUUUUAGCUGUUUGACAGCUCAUUCCUGUACAUGUGGAAAACUUGUUACCAAACUCAUAUAUUAGAGGUACUCUCACCUGCAGAGUGGACGUCAGUACAGCUAACACAUUCCACUGACACUCAGUCUUUGAUUUAAGACACUAGAAAGUUUCUAAAAAAGACUUCCAGCUGUCAGAGACUUCGUCCGUAGAGUUCAUCGCUUUAGGCCGUGACAUUGAACUCGUUCUUUCUGCGUGCUGUUUCUCAUCAAGUAGUUAUUUAUUAGUUUAUGUUAUUAUGUGAUGUGAUGCACUUGAAGGUCAUCCUGAGAAACCUCAGCGGAUGGGAUCGUAGCGGGUCGCAGCGGCAGCACAAAGUGGUUCUUGAUUUGUAAAAUGAAAAGCUGCACCAGUAACAAGCUCCGCUCCACCUGCUACAGACAAACAACGCACAAGUCCCCGUGUACUGUAAAGGGAUUUCACAGAUUAUGGGACCUUAUUAAGACGAUGUAGAACUGAACUGUUUGUCUUUACUUCAUUUUAAAGAAGGAACCAUUGCUCUUUGUUGUACGUGUCUUGUCGUAUUCAUUAAAUUCUGCAGUCCUGA